UCUUAGAUUGUUUGGUUACAAUGGUGGUAAUCAUUUUAACGAUAUUUCUUGUCAUUGCUUACUUCCUGUAUUACCACUUCACAAAAUACAACAAUUAUUGGAAUGAACGAAAUGUUGUUGGCCCAAAACCGACAUUCUUCUUCGGAAAUGUAAAGGAUGCAGUUCUCAGAAGAAAACCUUUUGGUCACGUAUUCAAGGAUAUCUACGAUAUGUACCCAGAAGAAAAAGUGGUAGGAAUGUUCGUGAUGAGAUCCCCAGAAUUGUUAGUAAGGGAUUUGGAUGUGAUAAAGAAUAUACUAAUAAAAGACUUCGAUGUUUUCUUGAGCCGUGGCUUUGAGUUUAAGAAAACGGGUUUUGGAACGAAUUUGUUUCAUGGUACUGCUGAUACCUGGCGACUGCUACGAAGCCGCUUGACUCCACUUUUCACAUCAGGAAAGCUAAAGAAUAUGAUGUAUAUUUUAAACGAAUGCGGGGAAAAAUUUGUGGAGUAUGUAAUCCGAGUCACACAGUUAAAUCCGGAGCAAGAAGUCCGCGAUAUGACACAAAAGUUUACCCAUUCUGCCAUAGUUGCUUGUGCGUUCGGCGUAGACAUCGACACUUUUAAUCAAGAACACGAAACCUUUCGUAGGGUCCACAAUAUAAUGUCCCACAUGUCCCUUAGUCGUGACCUGGAGCUGAUGUACCCUGGAAUUAUAGUGAAAAUUGGAGGCUCUCUAAUUUCAGCAGAAGUUAUCACAUUCUUUAUCGAUUUGGUCAAAGGCGUCACCGAGCAAAGAAAUGGUAGACCAACCAAUAGAAACGGUUUUAUGGAUUUAAUGUUGAAAAUGAGAGAAGAGAAACACAUUUCCGGACCAAUGAGAAAAAACAAUGAUACUGAGACGAGAUUGGAGCUAACUGACGAGGUCAUAGCGGCACAGGCAUUUAGUUUUUAUGCUGGGGGUUAUGAAACCAGUUCGGCAACCUUAAGUUUCUUACUGUACCAAUUAGCUCACAACCCAGAGAUCCAAGACAAGGUGGUUGUAGAAAUAAAAGAAGUACUUGAGAAACAUGAUGGCGUGAUGACUUUACAAGCUGUUUUCGAUUUAUCUUACAUGGGCCAAGUUUUUGAUGAAACAUUAAGAAUGUAUCCAGUUGUUUCUGAUUUGAAAAGAAAGUCUAAUCGCGCCUAUACGAUACCCGGUACAAAUGUAACUAUAGAGAAAAAUCAGUUGAUUAAAAUUCCAACACUUGGUAUCCAUUAUGACGAGAAGAUAUACCCUAACCCUGAGAAGUUUGACCCAGAGAGAUUUUCCCCAGAGAAUGUGGCAGCGAGGCACUUAUGCGCAUAUUUGCCUUUCGGACUUGGACCUAGAAACUGCAUCGGGAUCCGCUUCGCACAGCUACAAUCGCGGGUGUGUUUGGCGAAGCUCCUCUCUCAGUUUCGGGUGGAACCUUCUAAAAAUACCCCCCUUCAAUUGCAGUACGAUCCUCGGCGUAUCAUAUUGUAUCCUAUAGGCGGUAUACCGAUCACCUUCAUUAACAGUUUGAAGUUUGCAUUAGAUUGUAAGGUUACAAUGGUGGUAAUCAUUUUAACGAUAUCUUUUGUUAUUGCUUCCUUCUUGUACUACCACUUCACAAAGUACAAUAAUUACUGGAAUGAACGAAACGUUGUUGGUCCAAGGCCGACCUUCUUCUUCGGAAAUGUACAGGAUGCAGUACUGAGAAGAAAACCCAUGGGCCACGUAUUUAAGGAUAUCUACGAUAUGUACCCAGAGGAAAAGGUGGUAGGAAUGUUCGUGAUGCGAUCCCCAGAAUUGUUAGUAAGGGACUUAGAUGUGAUAAAGCAUAUACUAAUAAAAGACUUCGAUAUUUUCGUUAACCGUGGUUACGAGUUCAAGAGAACGGGUUUCGGAGCGAAUUUGUUUCAUGGUAAUGCCGACACCUGGCGACUGUUACGAAGCCGCUUCUCUCCGCUUUUCACUCCUGGAAAGCUAAAGAAUAUGAUGCAUCUUUUAAGUGAACGCGGGGAUAAAUUUGUGAAGUAUAUAGCCCGAGUCACACAAUUAAAUCCGGAGCAAGACGUCCGCGAUAUGACACAAACGUUUACGCUGGCGACCAUAGCCGCUUGCGCAUUUGGCAUAGACAUAGAUACAUUUAACCAAGAACACGAAACCCUUCGUAGGAUCGAUAGAAAAAUAUUCACCAUGACCCUUAGUCGUGACCUAGAGAUGAUGUAUCCUGGAAUAUUAGUAAAAAUUAGAGGCUCACUUUUUCCAAAAGAAGUUACCACUUUUUUUAUCGAUUUGGUCAAAGACGUCACUGCGCAAAGAAAUGGCAAACCAACCAAUAGAAAUGAUUUCAUGGAUUUAAUUUUGAAAAUGAGAGAAGAGAAGCACAUUUCUGGACCAAUAACGAAAAAAAAGGAUAUUGAGACUGGUUUAGAACUAACUGACGAGGUAAUAGCGGCACAGGCAUUUAGUUUUUAUGCUGGGGGUUAUGAAACCAGUGCGACAACAAUGGGUUUCUUACUGUACGAAUUAGCUCUCAACCCACUAAUUCAAGACAAGGUGGUGGUAGAAAUAAAAGAAGUAUUAAAGAAACAUGAUGGCGAGAUGACCCUACAAGCUGUUUUAGAUUUAUCUUACAUGGGACAAGUUUUCGAUGAAACAUUGAGAAUGUAUCCAAUUGUUUCUGAUUUGAAAAGAAAGUCUAGCAGCAACUAUACGAUACCCGGUACAAAUGUAACUAUAGAGAAAAAUCAGUAUAUUAAAAUUUCAACGCUCGGUAUCCAUUAUGACGAGAAUAUAUACCCUAACCCUUUGAAGUUUGACCCAGAGAGAUUUUCUCCAGAGAAUGUGGCAGCGAGGCACUCGUGCGCAUAUUUGCCUUUCGGACUUGGACCUAGAAACUGCAUCGGGUACCGUUUCGCACAGCUACAAUCGCGGGUGGGUUUGGCGAAGCUCCUCUCUCAGUUUCGGGUGGAACCUUCUAAGAAUACCCCCCGUCAAUUGCAGUACGAGCCUCGACGUAUUGUAUUGUAUCCCAUAGGCGGUAUACCGAUCAACUUCAUUAAAAGACAUUGAUAUAUGACGACGCUGCGCUAUAUCUAACUUUGGCAUAUAAGAGUUCUGCUCUGA